AUGGAUUCGCCGAAGGAACAAAUUCCUGAGGAUACUCAAUCACAGAUAGAAGAAGACGUGGAUUGUUUUUUUCUUCAGCCGUCUUCUUCACCUUACAACAUAGCGGAAAAAGUCCAACAAGCCAACAUCGAUUUAUUUUCGUCCUACGAUUCGCGCGCGAACGAUGCGAAAACGCCUAAAGUGAAAUUCAAGAACGAUUUGUUCUCCUUCGAGCCGGACCUCACCGACGAAGACGUGAACAGCAUAGAAAGCGAUCGCGAUGAAAACUCGGACACUCAACGGCUCAUUUUCGAAUACAAAACGGUGAAUAUACCCAACAUAGAAGAGUUGCCUGAAGAUACCGACGAUGAGGAAAUAAUCGAGAGCAUCAAUGCGGAUAUUAACGAAGUUGAAGUAUUCCAGAAGCCUAGAAUAAAGGAAGAAAGAAUCGAAGAAACCAAACCAGUGGCGGUCUCGAACAAAACGUCUACUAAGAAAAAUAAACGCUCGCCCAAAAAACUGCACAAUGUCAAGCAAGUGCAGUGUAAAAACCACUGCAUCGAUAAACUAGACUUCGAUCUACCUAUGUUGAUAAGCAAAUUAGAAAUUCACGAGAAAUAUACCAACGAAAUACCGCCUCUGCAACUGUUGCAAAGGAAAUGCUGCGAUGAACUGAGACAGAAAGUGCAAAGAAACCUACCGAAUUACAACGGGCUGAAAUCCGAAUAUGGCCUGACUUCCAGGCAAAUCGAAACCAAAAGAAAGCAACAGGAAUUGUCCAAGCUGAGAGAAGAAAACCGGAAGAGAAUACUGGAAGAGUACAAGCGGAGGAAAAUCCAGCAAAACGAGCAGGUCUUCUGCCAAUGGCUGAAGGAGAUCUCCAAAAGGCGACAGGAGAAGGAAAGGGAAAAGCAAAAGAGGCAGAGACGGACGAAAGAAAGGCCCAAAACUGCAAACGAAAUACCCGCGAAAGUUCACGUGAAGAAGAUCCGUCGACCUCACACUUCCACAUGCGUUUUCUUCGGAAUGCCGCGAAAUUUCUCCAGUAUGAUUGCUAAUGCUAAUAAUAAUUUAUCUACUCGAUUGCAUAUUUUAACGCUUUCUUGA